AUGGCUAAAAGCAAAAACCAUACCAAUCAUAAUCAGAACCGAAAGGAUCAUCGUAAUGGAAUCAAGCGACCACAAUCACAACGAUUUCCAUCAUUAAGUGGAGUUGAUCCAAAAUAUGUUCGUAAUUUAAAAUUUACAAAACAUCACAAUCAUGUUGCACGUAAAAAUUUACGUAAAGUACGAAAAGCUAAAUUAGCCAGUGGUGACGCUACAUCAAGUAAAGGUAUUAAACGAAUUGCUCGUCAAGUUGUACCAACAAAAACAUCAUGGUCACUUACAUCAUUAUUACAAAAUAUAUCGUCAUAUUUUACUGGUGAAACAACAAAACCCGUAUCACAAAAACGUGCAAAACGUAGACACCCAAAUAAGAAGUCAAGCAAAUCAACAACAACAACAACGGCAACAACAGCUGCUAAGAAAUAA